CCCAAUCAACUCCACCCCCAGAGCCAGAAAAGCAACCACCUCCCAAAAAUGGCUGCACUAAAUUUUUCACCACCUGUAGAAAAAAGAUGUGUAAGUGCUGCGACAAAAAAGAGAAAUCGGAGAAGAAGGGAAAGUCGAAGAGCCCAGUGAGCUGCUUCAACUGUCUCAAAAAGAAGAAGAACCCACCCGCUACUAUAGUUAUUGAAGACGAAGUCAAUAAAAAAACGAAUUGCUUCGAUAGGCUGAAAUGCUGUAAAACAAAAAAAAUUGGCGAUCUGAGCUGCUUCCCGAAGGCUAAGCGGAAAGAAAGUUGGGCUGAAAGAAGAGACAGCAUACUCAGUACUCCCACUCCUCCAAAGUCGAAAUGUUCGAAAGAUUGCUGUAAAGAUGUUUUACGAAAAAUAUUCUGUAUCAAUUUGUGUUGCAAGAAAAAAGUUGUGGAAGUACCUGUUCGAAAGGCUUCGAUCAUCAGCAAGAAAAAAAGCUUGACUCCUACCACAGCUCCACCUCCAGAGGACACCACACCAAAAAUAGACUUGAGUCUUGUUGAGCACAGUUCACAUAUGAAAGCGGCAAUACCGAUUCUUCCCAUAUGCCUAGCCUGGUUCUGUUUGGUGUUGAAUUGUUUGCUUCCUGGAACAGGGACCGUAUUCAGCGGUUUGUUUUGUCUGUGCAUUGGAAUACCAAGGUUCUCUCAAAAAGAUGGUCCUAGAGCUAGGAUUGGUUCCUUCAUCAUAAAUUGCAUCAUAGGAUUCAGUCAAUUUUUCACUGUCCUGUUCUGUUUGGUCGGCUGGGGCUGGUCAAUUUGGUGGGGAGUUAUCAUGUUGAAAGUAGCAAAAAAACAUAAGAGAUUCAAGCACUUAGAAGCGAUCGAGCAAGCCAAUAUAACCCAUCAACUGAGCCAAAACAACAGUAAGAGGGACCCAGAAAAUCGACCGUAAACAAGGUUGAAGUGAAAUAUACUCAGAAAUUGUUUUUAAACACGCUUUAAAUUCUCUAAAUAUAAUAUUCCUAUAUUUCAAGUAACUUGAUGAACAGAGGAUAUCCAAAAAAUCUAGAAUCUUGUCUGUAGUCCUACUUCUGAAUCGUUAAAUUUUUGUAUGUCCACUUGUUCAAAUCACUGAUCAAUUGUACAAAUUGUUGAUAGGACAUUUUUGCUGGUCAAAAAUGCAUUUUGUAAUAACUGUAGAUAAUAAUGCAAUAAUGAAAAAAAUGAUAUUUUUUGUAACAAAUUUGUAGAAUUUUUUUAGAAUUGGACGAUGGUUGUUACUUUUGUAUAAUAUGUAAAUAUAAUUAUAUUUGUAGACUAUUUCACUGGUGUAGAUUCCUUUACUGUUUGAUGUAGAGAGUAUUUUCAUUUUACAUUAUUGGGCAUUUCAGUUGUUAUAGAAUUUUUGUAGGUAACAAUGAAAACUGUCUAUCUGAAUUUAAUGUUUGAUAUGUGAAAAAAAGGUUAGAAACCGCUAUAUUAAAAUCUGUUUCGAGACCGCUUGAGCUACCGAAGAUCUUUCAGUCUUCAAAUAUCGAAUAACUAAAGGAAAACUGAAUUAUAAACAAUACUUUUAAGUGAAUAUUGAUAUGCAGUGACGUAAAAUUAUCAUUCAGGUACAGAUAUUAUCAUUCAAAAUGUUAUAUUAACAUAUUAUAGGUCAAAUGUAUUCGUCUUUCCAGUUUUGAAAAUUUAUUUCAAUGGAAAAAACCAGUAUGCACUCAUUUUUGUAAGUUUCCUGAAAAUGAAAAUAAUCUGCACUUAUUUUUGAAAAAUGACCAAUGACCAAUUGCAUCCAUUUGAAAUUCAUAUAAUUAUAUUAGGAACAUCAAAAAUUGACAUCAGGUGUCAAAACUACUUUUUGUGUUUGUUGGUUAUGUUCACCCUGUCGUUUCAUCUACAACUGCGAGAGACAUAAAAUGUGACGAGGUAACUAACGAAGUACUUUAGUUGACCUUGGUAGUGUCUACCGCAACUGUAGACGAAACGUCAGCUAUAAAAACCUGUAAACUACCAAUAAACCCGAAAACAUUUUUGGAACAUUCAACAAGUUUUUGUCCUGAAGUCUAUGUUGUACUGAAGAAUCAGCGAACACUUGGCCACGAAAGGUGGCCUUCACAAGUGGUACGAUAAAAGAAGUAAAAUAGGUGAGAACAAAUUUUGUUGAGCGGUUUUAUU